AUGGCAUUGGCCGUUCCCUCUUCCAACUCUCUCGUUCCCACCAAAUCCAUACUUCCAUUCCAUCGUUCCCUUCUUCAUUCCCCCGACCAAUGCUCCUUUCCCAGGCCCAAGCCCAAGCCCGUCCAAGCGGUUCACGCCGCCGACAACCCUGCUGUCUCGGACAAGCAGGCAAAGUGGGUCCUGGACAGCUGGAAGUCCAAAAAGGCCCUUCAACUCCCCCAAUACCCCAACAAAGAGAACCUGGAAUCGGUACUGAAGAGCCUCGAAGCCUUCCCUCCCAUCGUGUUCGCGGGAGAGGCUAGGAACCUUGAGGAGCGUCUGGGCGAAGCCGCCAUGGGAAACGCUUUCCUUCUUCAGGGUGGAGACUGCGCCGAGAGCUUCAAGGAGUUCCACACCAACAACAUUCGUGACACCUUCAGAAUCCUUCUCCAGAUGAGCGUCGUUAUGAUGUUUGGAGGCCAAAUGCCCGUCAUUAAGGUUGGACGAAUGGCGGGUCAAUUCGCGAAACCGCGAUCGGAAGCGUUGGAGGAGAAGAACGGGGUGAAGCUGCCGAGUUACAGAGGAGAUAACGUGAACGGAGAUGCGUUUGAGGAGAAGGCGAGAAUUCCAGAUCCUCAAAGAAUGAUUAGAGCGUACAGUCAAUCGGCGGCGACACUGAAUCUUCUGAGGGCCUUUGCGACGGGUGGGUAUGCUGCUAUGCAAAGAGUUACUCAAUGGAAUUUGGACUUCACGCAGCAUAGCGAGCAGGGAGACAGGUACCUAGAGCUUGCUCACCGAGUUGAUGAGGCCCUUGGAUUCAUGGCUGCUGCUGGCCUCACUGUGGACCAUCCUAUAAUGAGAACAACUGAGUUCUGGACUUCGCAUGAAUGUCUUUUAUUGCCAUACGAACAAUCACUGACUAGGUUGGAUUCAACUUCUGGUCUUUACUAUGACUGCUCCGCCCAUAUGCUUUGGGUUGGGGAACGGACCAGGCAGCUCGAUGGCGCCCAUGUUGAGUUUCUAAGAGGUGUUGCUAAUCCCCUUGGAAUUAAGGUAAGUGAUAAGAUGGAUCCAAAUGAGCUUGUUAGACUGAUCGAGAUCUUGAAUCCCCACAACAAACCAGGGAGAAUAACUGUGAUUACCAGGAUGGGAGCUGAAAAUACGAGAGUAAAGCUUCCACAUCUGAUCGGGGCAGUACGCAGAGCGGGACAAAUUGUAACUUGGGUCAGUGAUCCCAUGCAUGGAAACACCAUAAAGGCUCCGUGCGGACUCAAAACUCGCCCCUUCGAUGCCAUCAGGGCGGAGUUAAGAGCAUUUUUCGACGUGCACGAACAAGAAGGAAGCCACGCAGGUGGGGUUCAUCUAGAGAUGACGGGUCAGAAUGUGACUGAGUGCAUUGGUGGGUCAAGGACGGUCACGUUUGACGAUCUGAGCUCCCGUUACCACACACACUGUGACCCUAGGCUUAAUGCUUCACAAUCUCUGGAACUUGCUUUCAUCAUAUCUGAACGCCUCAGAAGGAGUAGGAUCAUCUCCGAGAAGCAUCUUUCCUCCAUAGCACUGUAAAAUGCACG